AUGGGUGAAAUAAUAAGAACCUGGCUGCAAUCAAGACUCGGAGUGAUAAUCGACCUCACCCCAGAGGUCUUCGGGCACUACUCGAAGGACGGCACCCUCCUAGCGAAGCUCCUCUACAACUACGACAUAAUCAACGACACCCAAUUGGAGACCAUAACCCAGACCCAGGACUCAGCACUGGCCCGUGUCAACCUGAAGCACCUGAGGGCUUGGUCGAAGUUCAUAGGAGUUGACUUCGACGAUGACUGCCUCGAGGAUAUCUCCAACGGGCGAGGGACAGCCGCACUCCGCGUCUUCUACAAACUCUUCCUCUGCCUCGAGAUGAAGGACAGACUUCACUUCAUCACUCUGCAGAAGGAGCGGGAGAGGUACAUUCCUGCUUCGACCCAGUUCGACAUCACGAUUGUCUCGGAGAGGCCACCACCAGCUGAACCUAUUGACCAUCCUCUCUCUGCGCCGUUGGUGACGUCUGCGGGGGUCAUCGAGUGGCACAGGAAGAAGUUCCUGCAUGCUAUUGAUAGAUACAGACAUGUUGGCGCGCCAUUUCGUUCGUCGGGAGAGCAUGACAAGAUGGCGGACGGACUUCCCGCGGCUGUUCAAAUACCAAAGAAGGAGAAAUCUCUAGAAGAAGAUAACGAAAUCGACGAAUUCAGCAGAAAUCAUCCAGCGAAAAGCUCUAGUUUCAACGAUAGACGGACGAAUAUUGACCCUUCAGCAGCAAAGAACUACAUCAAGGCCCUGUCCCACCGCAAGAACCGAUCAUCAGCUGUUGAAGAAUCGAAGAGUCAGUCCCAGAACGACGUUCUCUCCUCAGUCUGGGGGAGGAUCGAAGACGAUCAAGAAAGAAAGCUCAACGAGAUGAUAGCCCGGGGAGUCCUGAGAGAAUCUCAAUACGAAAAACGAAUGUUGAAGAAGUUAAUUGAAAUCCGCAAGGACAAAAAUCGAAUGUCUGACAACCGGAGAUUGGUGGAGAGCCUCAUGCAGAAGGCGAAGGAGGAAUCCUUCCGAGCGGAUGAAGAAAGGAGGCUGGAAGAAUCCAGGAGGAACACCUGUGGAACUGAGGAUGAGAGACAGCGGUCGGCGGAACUGGACCGCAGGGUUGCCAACAGAAAACUCCAAAGGAGUGAAGAUUAUCUGCAAGAACUUGGAAGACAACUAACGGAGGAUCUAACGAGUAUUGCGAUGAUCUGCGGAGACUACAGAGAUUUGAAUUAUGAGGAUGUCCCCAGGAAAGUCUGGCAGGAGUGGAAGGCUUUGUUCAUCCAGGGUCUGGCGGUGCUUUAUCCUGAAGAAAUGUUCGAGUUGGACGAAGUGCUAGGAGGAGAAGGGGAAGAAGCAGCUGAGGGAAUCCCAGGGCUGAUAAGAAGAGAAGAAUUACUUGAUGAAAGAGAUCUGGAGGAGUAUCUAAAGCUGAGUGGUCCCUGGGAGGAGUUCCUCCCAGAAGUCUACGAGUUCCAGGAUCUAGGACAAAACGUCUUGGGACACGUCGUGCAUAAAUUACUGGGGGUUCUCCACCCCUUGGACGCAAGACCUUCGCCUUCACUACCGGCUUAUCCCAUUCGGGUGGCUCUUCUUGGCCUGCCAGACUCAUCUCUUCAUCCGUUUCUUCGGGAACUCCUCAGCUGUGAGGGGAUUGCGACAGUCCAGGUCGAAGACACCAUCAAGUUUUGCUUAGAAAAGUAUAAAAAGGAAGUCAAAGAUUUCGAAUUCGUGGAUUUGGAGUUGAAUGGAACGAGAGAAUCCCUGAAGACUUCUGAUGUUGGUGAGGUAGAUGAGAGCAAGGCGGACAAGAAGACCCAGACGCCGAGGAUGAUUCCGUACGAGGAUAUGCAUCCUCUGUUGAGCGACGCAGCCUUCGUCGGUAAGAGCAUCCAUCAAUUACUGAGUCAUGGUCAACGAAUCCCAGAGGAAGUGAUACCGAAAACAGUUGUUGCGUAUCUGAAGAGCCUGGAGGGCAUCCAGGGGUGGGUUACCAUCGAUUACCCCUGUACCUACCAGCAGCUGGCACAGCUGGAAUCUGCAUUAUCGGCGAAGCCUUGGGAUUCCCUCGAUUCAAAGGAAGAUGAUGAGGAAAAUGAGGGGGAGGGACUCAUCAGAAGUUCCCGACUCGUUCCCAACCCUCUGGCAUCAGAAAGUGAUUCUACAAGCCAUUCCCACCUGACGUCGUUCAUCAGGAUGACGGAAAAAUCAAGAAGUUCUGAAGAGGAAAAUGAAGUCGACAGGUUUUACAUCGAUCAAGGGCUUGCUUCAGUGUUCCAGUACACCUUUUGGGACUUUGAGACCCUAGAACAAUUAUGUGGAAUCAUAAUGGGGAAGGGCGGAGGGUCUGGACAGGUCGUUGAAACCAUGGAGCAACUCGGAGGUAGUCUAGAAUCCUUCGAGUCGACUCGUACAAUAGUGGAAGCCCUCGAAGAGAGGGAGUUACUACCUGGAGAAGCUGCCUGGACCUACGCUGAUUCUCCUCAGGACAAGCAUCUCCUGGAGGAGCUGGGCUCUUGCUGGAUUAGCUUGGAGUCCAGCUACAUUAAUGGCCUAUUGGAGGUCCUUUCGUUGAAGCGGUUCACCUUCCUUGCAGUCCUUCCCUACAAAGACUUCAUGAUGAAGUACAUGUUUGAGUUCGCGGGACAGGCGGAUGAGAGACAGCACCUGCUCCGGGAGUUCCAGAAGGCUUUUAAUGAUGUCCCUGAGGACAUGAGGAAUGACGAGGAGGUGAAGUACGAGUUGCAUUGCAGGGUGAAAGACUUCCAGACGCAACUCUGGGAGAUUUGCGACAGGAAGAGGAGAAAUUGUCUCGAGAAAAGGGAAGAUAUCGUCCUUGAUCACUGGACGACAGGGCAGCUGAUCAUCCUCGUCAAUAUUUAUCUUGCUAUGAUGCAGAUUGAGUUGAACAGAUUCGUCGAUACCGCAGCCAUCGUUGAGGGGUACUACUCAGCGAUCACAAAAAAAGAUGCGAGGGAUCGACCUCUGAAGCCCAGGCUUCAGAGGGUUUUCCUUGGUGAUGAUCCAGUUGAGGAUGGGAAAGAUGAAGAUCUAGAGUCGUCGACCAAAUCGCCAUCACCGAAGCUCAACAAACUCGAUCUUCAGAAAGAAAUCGAGGGUAUUCUACUAGCUAAAGAAGGAAAACCCUUCGAAGUUGAUAACACAAUCGCCUUCAGAAUAAUCAGGGCAAAUGUUGGUUACUGUCAAUCGUUCGUUGAUGAUGUCUUCUCGUCAGCUUCAGCAGUCUCGAAGAAGAGUGAUAAAAAAUCGAAGGAGGUUCCACCGAAUCCCAAGAAAAUCGGUAAGAAGAGACCUUCGAAGAGGGCUUCGAAGCUCCAGACUAAGACAGGAGAUGCCAAACCUCUCGAGGAUGAAAAAAGAUUGGAAAAUGUCUUGAAGGAAUGGAGAUCCGUUCUAAUGUAUGAAGUUACCAGGGUAAAGACUCUCUUGGAUGUCUUGGAAUCCGCCUGGCAGUCGGACGUGGAGUUUCUUUUGACAACAAUCCAACACGGACUUCAUCUGAUCGAAGAGAGGAUCAACGAGAUCUACCGGAAUGAACUGAAGAGUAUCAAGGAAAUGGCUAGGGUUUUCUGUCUAGCCAUCGAGCAUCACAAACCAAUCUCUGGAGAGAUGAUGUUCGAUGGAGACCGUUUCAUCAUGAAUUUCGAGGAAUCGAAGAACGAAGACAUCUUCAAGCUGCUGAAGGGCUUCCCUCCGGAGGAAUCCGACGAUCUCAACUUUAAAAUCGCCCAGUUGGGGCGGUUGAAGGACAUCUUCAAGAGGGUUGCACCCUCCGGAAGUCUCCCCCAACGUUCCUUCGUCUUCAUCCUUCAGGAUUUAAUCACCUGCGGAAAAGAAGAUGAUAAGGAGCCUCUGGUGCCACCUUCCUGGCUGAAAUUGGAUCCUCCCGAUGUCUUCGAACUCGUUCACGAGAUUUUUGGAGACGAUCCUCAUGUGGACUGGCGAGAGUUCUUGGUCUAUGGGAUGGAUCUUGAGCGUCCGACUCAGGACCAACUUCUGGAGACUCUCGAACACCUCAGGAAGAAGGAUGAGAGUCUCUGCGGAGUCCUCCCUAAGGCUGUCUUCCUCAACAUUCCUCUCUGGUUCCACGAGAAGCUACUCAGUCCCUCCAUCAACUCCUGGCUCCACGAUGACUUCGAGUAUGAGUGUGAGUUCUGGAACAGAUCUAGUCGGAGUUAUGAGGAGUCUUGGGGGAAUUUGUUACGGGUGAAGCCUAGGAAGAAGACCAUUUCCUUUAGGACUGACUCGGUGGAGAGGAAGCACCUGGGGGUCGAUGACGUCACCUCUGAGGACGUGCGACUGAAUCUGACCAAGGAACUCCUCUGCGAAAUAUUUGUCGAGAGGAAGGAGGAUGUGAAUUAUUUGAGGGUUUUAUUGGCCUUCUGCAAGGAUCAAGAUCCCAGGAAGGGGCUGACUGGGGCGCUGAGUGUCACCCUGAACCGCAAUGUUUGUGGGAGUUUCCAGGAUGGAGAGAAAUUCCUCCAGGAAUCCUUCAGGAUGAAGGAGGAUUACGAUAUCCUGAGGGCUGGGGUUCUGAAGGACACGCAACAAAUACUAGAUGAAAUACUAGGCGAAAUAUUCGAUAGUUCUGAAAAAAUUGGUGUUUCGGAUAUGGACGAUGUUUCCCUCAAAAUAGAUGAUAUGGAACUGAGAAAGUCGGGUCCCCUCUCAGUCGAGGUUUUGGACGCCAUUUUGACUCCCACCAGUCCGAUCAAGAUGGCGGACGACCAGUCGUCAGUGGCGUCUGUUACAGACUCUCCGACCGCUUCGAUGGAAAAAUCUCACGAUUCUUCGAUUUGUAGUCAGGGAAUUAGUGAACAGUCGUCGGGAAAUUGUGAAUUCACUCGGGAGGUGCAUCAUUGGAUACCCAUGACUGUUUUCGAGAACUUCUUUACGGACCUAAUCCCAAACAUAAACGAGAAAAUCAGUGUUAUCUCCCCGGAGAGGACUCUGUCUGAACAUUUGAAGAGAAUUCACGAGGAAACAAAGUGCGAAGAGUUGAACGACAGUCCUGAGAUGGUUCUAGCCCAUCGAGUCAUCAACCACGAGUUUGUCUCGCGUUUGCUCGAGAUAACCACGAAAUUCACGUGGAAAAACCUGGGAAAGGCCGUCGAGAGGAUCAUCCAGAGGAAGAACGAGUGA